AUGCUAGAAGAUGCGAAGAAAGCCCUUGAGAAGAACCAAAAGACCAUGAUAGCUGCCAUGGUCGCCGCGCGACUGUCGCAACUCAAAACGUUUCCUAACCUCGAGCUCGUGGAGCUUUUCGAAGAUUCACUGAGUGGGAUGGAGAAGCAACUUCAAAAUCUUCCUAAGGACCAGGCUGAUGAACUUCAGAGGCAAAUCGAAGAAUUGCGAGAUGCGAAGCAGGACUUUGACUUUGUUCGUGGCACUUCCUUGACACCCGUCGAAGAUGCAACACCCGUCGAAGAUGCAACCGCUGUCAUUCCAACUGCUCAAGAUAUUCCUCAUAACAAUUCUUCUCGUGUGAAGGUGCGUCCGAAAUAA